AUGGCUGCUUCAUCGAACACGUUGUUUUUUCUUUGUGCUAUUUUUACAUUUUCUCUGGCUUCGGCCCAAUUAAAAGUUAAAUGUCCAUCGGGCUUCACUCUUGUUGGAGAAAAAUGCUAUCGUGUGUCCUACGAAAAGGCCAAUUGGUUUAAUGCCGAUCGCAAAUGCUACAGCUUAAACUCCACUCUGCUUGUAUUUGACGACAAGAAGGAUAUGCAGUUGUUGACAGCCACUCUUGAAGUUCUGGGCAUACCUUUCGCCAACAGCUGGAAGGACUCCAUUUGGACAGGACUCACUUCCCUGGGAAUGGGUAGUGCCUUUGUUCAGAAUCGCGAUGGCUCAUCCGUUGCGUAUACGCCCUGGAGUGCAAAUCAACCGCAGAAUCUCUCCGGAAAAGACUGUGUUGCCUAUGCUGAUUACAAUGGCUUUGGAUACCACAAUAUCGAAUGCAGCCUGUACGAGUUUCCCUUCGUUUGUCAGGCCAAAAGGGUGGCAACUGAAAGCUAUUUGUGUUUAAAGAAGCAACAAUUUUUAGAGGUAGAUGUAGUUGUAUAAAAUUCUUUAUAGGUUCGUUAUAGAGACAGCAAGAACUUUAGGUCUAAAAAUGGAACUUUACGACUCCAGACAGCCAAAGGGUAAAGAGCCAUAAACAAAACUGGCUAAGCCGAUAAAAAACGUGUUGACGUUUUGGCGAGAAGAGGCAAACUCACAACAGGUCGUAUGUCAUUUCUUUUUCCUGAAUUUAUGGAAGUUAUCGAAGCGGUCACAAAUUGGCAAAAGUUGGAACCCAGAAAGCAA